CCGAGCCGCCGUCCUCAGCGUGCUUGGAUCUUCCGCCUGCCGCUGGACGGCCGCCACCUCCUGCUCGCCUCUGCCCGCAGCCCCUCCGCUCCUUCUCCGGGAGUCGCGCAUCCGAAGAUGGCGGCGUACAAAUUCCUGCUGUCGCCUCUCGGCCGCCGCAUCCUCCUUCCCGCCGCGCGGGCGCGGGGCGCCGAGGCUUUUGGAUGCUAUUUUUCUACCAGCUGUCAUCGCAACACCAAAUUUUAUACUGAUCCUGUUGAAGCUGUAAAAGAUAUACCCGAUGGGGCAACAAUACUUGUUGGUGGUUUUGGACUGUGUGGGAUUCCUGAAAAUCUCAUUGGGGGUUUACUGAAGACUGGAGUAAAGGGUAUUACAGCAGUCAGUAACAAUGCAGGUGUUGACAAUUUUGGACUUGGUCUUCUGCUUCAGACUAAGCAGAUAAAACGCAUGGUAUCAUCAUAUGUUGGAGAGAAUGCUGAAUUUGAACGCCAGUAUUUAUCUGGUGAGCUUGAAGUUGAACUUACACCUCAGGGUACACUUGCUGAACGUAUUAGAGCAGGAGGAGCAGGAAUUCCAGCAUUUUACACCAGUACAGGUUAUGGGACACUGGUGCAGGAAGGGGGGGCACCUAUCAAAUACAAUUCAGAUGGCACCAUUGCUAUUGCUAGCCAACCAAGAGAGGUGCGAGAGUUUGAUGGUCGUCACUUUAUUCUGGAAAAGUCCAUUACAGGAGAUUUUGCUCUCGUGAAGGCAUGGAAGGCUGAUCGUGCAGGAAACAUCAUUUUCAGGAAAACUGCUAGAAACUUCAAUCAACCAAUGUGCAAAGCUGCCAAGACAACUGUGGUGGAGGUGGAGGAAAUUGUUGAUAUUGGAGCAUUUGCACCGGAAGAUAUUCAUGUUCCCAAAAUCUAUGUUGAUCGCCUGAUACAGGGAGAGAAGUUUGAAAAGAGAAUUGAACGCUUAUCAAUCCGAAAGCCUGAAGACUCAAAAGCCAAACAAAAGGCAGGAGAUAAUGUGAGGGAAAGGAUCAUCAGACGGGCUGCUUUAGAGUUUGAGGACGGCAUGUAUGCUAAUCUGGGUAUUGGAAUCCCCUUGUUGGCCAGCAACUUCAUCAGUCCAGACAUAACUGUUCACCUACAGAGUGAAAAUGGAGUCCUAGGUUUGGGUCCUUAUCCACUUGAAAGUGAAGUUGAUCCAGACCUGAUUAAUGCAGGUAAGGAGACAGUCACUGUUCUUCCUGGUUCUUCUUAUUUCUCUAGUGAUGAAUCAUUUGCAAUGAUAAGAGGAGGCCAUGUUGAUUUGACAAUGCUUGGAGCUAUGCAGGUGUCUAAGUAUGGUGACCUGGCCAACUGGAUGAUUCCUGGUAAAAUGGUGAAGGGAAUGGGAGGUGCCAUGGACCUGGUAUCUAGUGCCCAGACAAAAGUGGUUGUCACCAUGGAGCACUCAGCCAAGGGCAACGUCCAUAAAAUCUUGGAAAAGUGCAGUUUACCACUUACUGGGAAGCAAUGUGUAAAUCGCAUCAUUACAGAGAAGGCCGUGUUUGAUGUGGACAAGAAAAAGGGACUCACCCUUGUGGAAAUCUGGGAAGGACUGUCAGUGGAUGAUAUCAAGAAAAGCACUGGCUGUGACUUCACAUUUGAUGGUGACAGAAAGCAGAGUGGUGCAGUUGAUGUGAUGGAAGGAAUGGAUGCCAUCCAGGGGUCCUGGGACAACUUGAACAUGGACCAACGAUAA